GUAACUCGGGGUCCCGCACUUCACCUGAGUAUCUCUGAAUCAUUUUUGUGACCUAGUUGCUUACCCCACUGACCCGGACUUUUCUUCUCGACACGAAGAAAUGCCGUUGGUCGUUCCUCCGGAGAUGAUAACGUGUCCAACAGCCGCAGUCGCUUCAAGAGAACUUACGAGACCAGAGGAAUACGAUAGAAACGAUAUCGGUCGUUUUUUUUCUACGUUACUUUCGUCGCAUUUAACGAAUACGAACUUGAGGAGUGUGUUGAUAGUUUUGCGAAAGUUCGCGAUUAGACAGGUUUGUUCUGUGCUUUUGGAGACGUAUUGAGGAGGCGUUUUCUCCUAGAAAAUCCUGAUAAGGUCAGAUCGUCGCCACACAACCAGGAAAAUGAGGUCGAAAUACUAGUCUGACCGAAGAUUCCAACAUCCGCAUAUCUUCCCUCAACACGCCCAAGCGCAACAAGAGAUCAGUCGAGACGUUUCCAAAACCGUGAUAAAUGUACCAAAUCCACUUUAGGCGUCGAUAGAAAAUAGGUGAAAGGAUAAACGAGCAACUUCCACAUUUAUGCCUUCUCUGGACCUCUGCAUCGACACACCAAUGGCUUCAAUGCAACCCUGUCUGUCGUCCAUGACGAUAGCAGACUUCUUCGCCGGCAAGACGGUCUUCAUAACUGGCGGCACGGGCUUCAUGGGCAAGGUGCUGCUGGAGAAGCUGCUCAGGAGCUGUCCGGGAGUGUCCAAGAUCUACCUGCUGAUCAGGACCAAGAAGGGGCAGAACGCCCACGAGAGGCUGUCGCAGCUGCUGUGUUCACCGCUCUUCAACGUCAUCCGUAAAGAUAGGCCACAAGAUCUUCAGAAGGUGCUUCCCAUCGAGGGUGACAUCACACAGCCAGAACUAGCAAUCAGUGAAAACGACAGGAGCAUACUCGCAAGGACAGUUAACAUAGUAUUCCACAGCGCGGCUACAGUAAAAUUCGACGAAAAACUAAAAUUAUCAGUUACCAUCAACGUCCUGGGCACGCAAAGGCUGGUGGAGCUGUGCAAGAAGAUGGUCAAUCUCGAAGCCUUGAUCCACGUGUCGACAGCGUACUGCAACUGCAACAGGACAGAGGUUAGGGAGGAAGUUUACACGCCGCCACUGGGACCAGACCAAGUGACCGCUCUGGUGGACUGCUUGGACAAGGACCUGGUGGAUACACUCACAGAUAAACUUAUAGGGGACCGUCCAAACACUUACACCUUCACGAAAGCCUUGGCGGAAAGCUGGCUGAAGGAUAACAAGGGAGAUCUACCCUUGGUCAUAGUCAGACCAAGUAUCGUCUUGAGUAGCAUCGACGGGCCGAUGGUAGGGUGGGUGGACAACUGGAAUGGACCUACUGGUAUCAUAGCGGCGGCAGGAAAGGGCAUCUUCAGGACCAUGCUUUGUGAUCCCGAUAAAACCGCUGAUCUUAUACCGGUCGAUAUGGUCAUAAACCUCAUGUUGGCAGCGGCGUGGAGGGUUGGAACGACCAAAAACAGAGAGCUCAAGAUCUACAACUGUUCCACUGGCCAACAGAAUCCUAUUACUUGGAAGAACUUCAUCAAUACCUGCUUCGUCUACAUGAGGCAGUACCCGUACACAGAAGUAUCGUGGUAUCCAGAUGGGACAGUGACCUCUUCCAGGGUGUUGAACGUUUUAAAUCAGUACGUUCUACAUUGGGCGCCAGCUUAUGUAAUGGACUUUGUGUCGCAUUUAGCCGGUGGUAAACCUAUAAUGAUGAGGAUCCAGGAUAAGCUGAGCAAAGCGGCCGUCUGCCUGGAGUAUUUCACCACGAAUGAGUGGAAUUUCGAUGACGAAAACGUCCGACACCUCAACGCUGUCCUGUGCGACUCGGACAGGAGGGAGUUCAACUUCAACGUUGCCAAAAUCGACUGGGAGAAGUACAUAGAAAGCUACGUGUUAGGAAUUAGAAAAUUCAUCUUCAAAGAGGACGUGGAGUCCAUACCCCAGGCAAGGAAAAACAUAACCCGCCUCUACUGGACCUACAGGUGUAUCCAACUCCUCUCGGUGAUGAUGGCUUGGCGGUUUUUGACGAUACGCUACGUACCUCUGCGACAAAUGUGGACCAAAGCGCUGCACCUUCUCGUUCAUCUAGCCAGAUUGCUGCCAUUCGUUUAAACCGUAGCCUUACUACUAAGUGGUGUUUGAGAGUCAGAGAGGAAGCGAGUUAUUCGACCUUGAAGAGGGCCAUCAGGUCUUCUGAUCCGACAAAAGUAGCCUCAACGAGCUUGGCAAGCAAAUAGGAAAAAACGGAUCGGUUUUCUAUCAUCUAGACGAAGCUGUAUAAUAGGGCUCUAUGACUUUUUUGCGCUAGGGUUUUCACAACUGCCAGGUUACUUUAGUGAUUCCGUUAGUUUUUCGCUCUUUAGUUUCGUUUUUUCCGUUUUGUUUGGUAGAGAGACAUUUACGAAAAGUCUGGUUAUUGAAUCAUGUCAUCCCAAUUUAAUAUACAGCUUGAAUAAAAUAGGUUGAGUCAUAUAAGAAAUACCACCACGUUAAAUGAAACCAUUCCAAGGGCAACUCUUAAAAUAAACGCAUUUUCUUAUAUGGGAUAAACGUUUUAUUUGAAUUGUAUACCAUCGCUUUCUUCCAAAGUAUCAAACAAGUCUAGAUAUAUUUAUUUAUAUUUUUGAGUUAGAUUUACAGAAGUUUAGGUAAUUAAAUUAUUCAACGUCUUCGCGGCAUUUUUAACAUAUUUAUAUAAUUUAUUUAUCCAUUUGAAACGUAGGAAAUACUUGUCGAAAACGAAGUACAGGAUGCGUCAGCCGGUUUCGAAGGGAUAAUACCAAAAUGAAUCAUACCAACCUUUCAAACCAUUCCAAAAUUGUUUUAUAAAACAUACUGGUUAAAAAACUGAACUAUUCUCGACUUGUUGACGCAAACGCUGUCGCUGAAAUUUCGAAAGCAAGUAAAAGCGUGCAUUUCAUCUGCUGGAAUAAAAAAUUGUACAGAAUUGUUCGAAAUAGAAUAUAUUCGAAAAAAAAUAGGAAAAAACUCCACUAAUAUUUGCAGUGUGCUUCCACGUCCAAACCUUGAAUGAUUAUCGAAAUUCCGAAUGUGAAUCCUUUCAGACGAACCAAAAACCCCCCCCAACUCCUUGCAUGAUGUUGAUUUCUAAACAAAUCAAAUUUGUCGUUGAUACAUUGCCACUACGCAUUUUUUAGAUUUAAAAAACUGUUUGUAUCGAUACGUAUUAUCUGUUCCCAAUGCUUUGUGAAUUUAGAUUGAUUUGAGUGUAACAUGUAAUUGAGAAAAAAAAAUGUAAUGUUGAUUGUAAAUUAUUGUAAACAUUUUUACCAGUAUGUGCUAGUCUGUAAUUCAUAGAUUUUAAAUGGAAACGCUUUUUAUAAGUUAUUAUAGAGACGGCGGUUUUCAUUGGUGAAAUCGUAUUUAUGAUAAAUAGGGUACGUCAGACGAUAUAUUUUUAGAAUAUGUUAAAUUUGAGGCCCUUUCGAUUUGACUAAAAAAAAUUUAGACAUCGAAAAUAGCAACCAAAUUUAGUUUCAAUUGACAUGUAUUUCUCCUCAGCUUAAGACAGAUUUAUCAGGAAUUUCGGCCCUAAAUGCGCAAAAAAAUAUCUGAUUUCCCUUGUGACUUUACAACAGCUGUGAUGCAACUUACGUUGUAGUUAAUAGAAGUAGGUAGCCAUGAAAAUCACUCGGAUUUUCUCGGUGGAAACGUGGAUUUACUCCUUCAGUUUGUAGAUGAUGUUAAUGACUGUAGAUAAGGAAUAAAAAACCAAAAAUAAAUUUAAAAAAUAUGAAAAAAUAAAAGAAAAAAUAUGAGACUGUAGAUUUAACAGCCAGCCAAAAAUCUAGGUAUUUAAACGAAAUAAUCGAUGGUAACUUGCGUUUAAAAAAAUUCAUCGUCAAUUGGACCCUCAAAAUUUAAUAGCCUACUAGACGAUGAAUUUUUUUGAACGCAAGUUAUUUACGAAUUACAAGUACAGCUCAUGGUCAAACAAUCAAUUGUGGACCCAUUUGUGAAAACUGCGGUCUGAAUUUGUAACCAAGUCUGCAGUCCAUUAUUGGUACAGCCACGGUUUCACUGUCGUAGACAUUAAGGGUUACGAUGCAUUGAUAAUGGCUCAAUAAGGCCGAAACCUAGGUCUGCAUAUACUGCUGGUGAAUACGAUAACUUCUAUGUGGGAAAUAACUUAUUUCAUGGCUAGCUCAAAAUGUUUGAAAAAUAGUACCGAUACACCCCACCAUUAUGGAAAAAAAAAGCAAAUAUCACAGGGGCGUUAAAGAGAAAAGUUGUAGAAAACUAGGUGGUAGUAUAUACGGAGCCGAUAAAGCAUGUAUUUUAAUACUUUUUCUCGGAGAAAUAUUUGUAAAUCUGUUAUGUUAUUUAGUUUAUAAAUCUAAAAACUAUAUGUUUCAAGCAGAUUGAAGAUGAAAUGAAAUAAACAUUGUUUGAAA